AUGGAACGGGUUCCUUUAUGCACAAACUGGAUUCAUGUCUCUUAUUUAGCAUUCUUUGUCCAACAAUUACUCAACCAUUUUCCAGCUGGAAUCGUGAAAUCGACAGCAAGUGAGCAGAAGAUUAAGCCAUACCUCUUAUUUUCCUUAGCACAACGCAUUCGGCAUCGCAAGUCAUACAAGGAAACGUUUUUGCAACGGGACAUACUGCGAGGACCCAUGCGCUUAAAUCAUAUCGUAUUGGCCAUUGUAGUCACACUGCUAGCUAACAGCAACUGUAGCAUUGUCACAGCCAACAAGAUUGAUGCGAAUACUACGGAGAACUCUAAUGUGUCUGAAAAUGGUAAGGUUUAUGCUCAAGUGCAUGUGAAUGAUAGAGAUCCAUCUUCGGAUUUAGAAGAGAGAAGGGGGGGAGGUUUUGGAGGCGGAGGAGGUCAUGGAGGCGGAGGUGGAGGAGGAGGGGGCGUGGAGGCGGAGGAGGGCGUGGAGGCGGAGGAGGGCGUGGAGGAGGAGGUUAUGGAGUGUAUGAUAGCAUGGCAACAUCGGGAGGAUAUAGAGGAGGACCAAUAUUAUAUGCAACAGGACCAUCAGGAAACGCCGCGAGCUUGCAAAAAAGAAAUUGCAAUUUUUGGCGAAGGAUUUUGUUCUCAUCCAUUUGAAUUCUCACUGAAGUAUCUGACGAGAUCAAGAGCAUGUGACGUUUCGACCUACGGAUGCAACAAGCAACGCUACAAAUACCUUAGAUCGACCGCAGCUACUAAAAAGGCUCGUGAGGGUGACAGUUUUCCGCAUGCCAUUGUUAUGGACCCUCUUGCAAUGAUCCUUGGUCGCUCAAGAGCGAACCGAAAACCUGACUAUGAAGUGGACCUCAUUGAAUUGAGUGACGGCCGUAUGCGUCUUGAUCUUGUGUUAAAGUUUUCAGUUGCAGAUGUGGUGUGGAAACCUGAGUACCAAUUUGUACUCCAGCCGAUCCAAGUCACGGAAACGCAAAUGCUACUCGCAAAGUUGCAAGAUGCCAACGACAAACUGGAUCGAUUUCAAUCGAUCUUUCCCGCGUGGGUCAUGGAAACGAACGAUUGUACCACCGUUUCUCGAAAAGAAGCAGCAGUGCAGAUUGUUGCUUUGAAAGGCGCGCAGUCCUGGUUGUAUCUGUGCGGCUUUGUCAAGCAUGUGAUGGAAAAUUCCGGAAUCGAUAUGAAGUUUGCAGUGGGGUGGACUACAAAUACUGUCCACAAACCUAGUGACGUUGUUUCCCAAGUUAUUGGUUUAUCCUUUGGACGCAACUACCGAUGCUGCUAG